AUGGCAUCAGCAGACACCUUUUCCGAAAACGAUGCUAUGAGGUUUUUUCAACAAUAUGGAUAUAUAGAUAGCAAUUCUAUAGCAAAUUUUAAUUCAACGCUCCUACAGUUCCAAGAAAAAUAUAAUUUAUAUGUGGAUGGUACAUUAAACGAUGAAACCAUAGCAUUAAUGCAAAAACCUCGCUGUCACACUGGCGAAAACGCUUACUCUCUUAAGGGAAAAUGGUAUAAACAUAAUCUAAGAUGGUAUUUUCCUCAGGCAUAUAACGUGAAACAUAUAUUUCAAUUAGUUGAACGAGCCUUUAAAAUGUGGGAAGAUGUUUCAAAUUUGCAUUUUACCAGAGUGAGUGUUCCUGUUCCGAAACCAGAUAUCACUAUAACAGCAGUUAAAAGAAAACAUUAUUUUCGUUCCAACUGUAUGGGGAACUACAAGUGUGGAUAUGAUUCUGAUGGUCGUGGUGGAACAUUAGCACAUUCGUAUUUUCCCAUCACUAAUGAUAGUUGCGUAGAAAUACAUUUAGACUUGGAUGAAAAAUGGAGUUAUAAUUUGAAUGAUACAGAUUAUGAUUCCACCAAUCUCUUUAUGGUCAUUCUUCAUGAAAUCGGCCACAGUUUAGGAUUAUUACACAGUAACCCGUUGUCCUAG